AUGCCCAUCUUAAACAGGGAUGACUACGAGAAGAUUGAACUUUCGCCUGGAGUUGACCGUUGGGCGUUGGUGGACGGAGAGAAGGGUUCGGAGUCAACGAGCGUGGGCGAUGUCGUCGUGGGCGUGGACGGCAUUGUGCCUACGCACAUUCAUCCGACCGAAGAGGCAAUGGUUAUUCUGGAAGGCGAAAUGGACGCCAUACUUGGCAAUGAAGUGAUAACCGUCCGUGAGGGUCAGACGGUGCUCGCGCCUCCGGGAGUGCGGCACGGUUUCGUGAAUCGCUCCGGUGCCCAAGCUCGUGUGCUUGCCAUUUUCCCGACCGCCAAUAUGGAACGUACUUUGGUGGACUGA